GCUGGGCCAUGGCGCUGGCGGGACGGCUGCUGCCGCUGCUGCCGUUGCUGGCGUGGGCGGCGGCGGCGGGGCCCCCGGAGCCCGCCGAGCCCCCGCUGCCGGCCGAGCCCCCGGACGCGCUGUUCGCCGCCGGCGCCGAGGCGUACGCGCGGGGCGACUGGCCCGCCGUGGUGCUGCACAUGGAGCGGGCGCUGCGGGCCCGCGCCGCGCUGCGCUCCCGGCUGCUGCGGUGCCGCCUGCGCUGCGCCAACUCCACGGCCGGGCCGGCGGAGGAAGAGCCCCGGUCCCAGCCCGAGCCCGAGCCCCCGCUCCGCGACCUCCUCUUUUUCCGGGGGCUGCUGCGGCGCGCCGCCUGCCUGCGGGGCUGCGGCCCCGCCGCGCCCUCCCGGUACCGCCUGGGCGAGGAGCUGGAGCGCGAGUUCCGCAAGCGCAGCCCCUACAACUACCUCCAGGUCGCCUACUUCAAGAUCAACAAGGUGGCGAAGGCUGUGGCGGCGGCGCACACCUUCUUCGUGGCCAACCCUGAGCACGUGGAGAUGAAGCAGAACCUGGAGUACUACCAGAUGAUGGCGGGCGUCAAGGAGGCUGACUUCACCGACCUGGAGGCCAGGCCGCACAUGACUGAAUUUCGGCUAGGCGUGAGGUUUUACACAGAGGAGCAGCCGGCUGCGGCUGUCCUGCACCUGGAGAAGGCGCUGGCGGAGUACUUUGUGGCAGACACCGAGUGCCGCGCGCUCUGCGAGGGGCCCUAUGACUACGAAGGCUACAACUACCUGGAGUACAAUGCAGAUCUUUUCCAGGCCGUGACAGAUCACUACAUGCAGGUGCUGAGCUGCAAGCAGGGCUGCGUUACAGAGCUUGCCUCGCAGCCUGGCCGGGAGAAGCCCCUGGAGGAUUUCCUGCCCUCGCACUUCAACUACCUGCAGUUUGCCUACUACAACAGUGGGAAUUACGAAAAAGCAAUUGAAUGCACCAAAACCUACUUGCUCUUCUUCCCGAACGACGAGGUGAUGAACCAGAAUUUGGCCUAUUAUACUGCUGUCCUGGGGGAAGACCUGGCCAGGCCCAUUGAACCCCGAGAGGAGAUCCGGGCAUACCGCCAACGAAGCCUGAUGGAGAAGGAGCUGCUCUUCUUCAGCUACGAUGUCUUUGGGAUCCCCUUUGUGGACCCGGACACGUGGACCCCCGAGGAGGUGAUACCAAAGAGGCUGCGAGAGAAACAAAAGGUGGAGCGGGAGACAGCGGCACGCAUCUCGGAGGAGAUCGGCAACCUCAUGAAGGAGAUCGAGACGCUGGUGGAGGAGAAGGCGAAGGAGUCUGCUGAUAUAAGCAAGCUCAUCCGAGAAGGUGGCCCCUUGGUGUACGAGGGAGCCAGCGUCACCAUGAACUCCAAGGCCUUGAACGGCUCGCAGCGCGUCGUGGUGGACGGGGUCCUGUCAGCUGAGGAGUGCCGGGAGCUUCAGAGGCUGACCAACGCAGCUGCCUCGGCUGGGGAUGGCUAUCGUGGGAAGACAUCUCCUCACACCCCCAGCGAGACCUUCUAUGGCGUGACCGUCCUGAAGGCCCUCAAGCUGGGCCAGGAGGGCAAGGUUCCCCUGCAGAGCGCCCACCUCUACUACAAUGUGACGGAGAAGGUGCGGCACAUGAUGGAGUCCUACUUCCGCCUGGAGGUCCCGCUCCACUUCUCUUACUCCCACCUGGUGUGCCGCACAGCCAUCGAGGAUAAGCAAGAAGGCCGGAGUGACAACAGUCAUGAGGUGCAUGUGGACAACUGCAUCCUCAAUGCGGAGGCCAUGGUGUGUGUGAAGGAGCCACCAGCCUACACCUUCCGGGAUUACAGUGCCAUCCUCUACCUCAAUGGGGACUUUGAAGGGGGAGCUUUCUACUUCACAGAGCUGGAUGCCAAGACGGAGACUGCAGAGGUGCAGCCCCAAUGUGGCCGUGCCGUGGGCUUCUCCUCCGGUUCGGAGAACCCCCACGGGGUGAAGGCUGUGACCAAAGGCCAGCGCUGCGCCAUUGCCCUCUGGUUCACCCUGGACCCACGGCACAGUGAGCGGGAGCGUGUGCAGGCUGACGACCUGGUGAAGAUGCUUUUCAGGGUAGAGGAGGUGGACUUGCUGCAGGAGACAGGCACAGAACAGGAGCCACCAGCUCUCACUGCCACUGAUGGCUCACAUGCAGCAAGGAAGGACGAGCUCUGACACUCCUGCACUGCCAGGGCCAGCACCACCAGCUUCAGCCUUUUGGGACAUGGUUGCAGCACACAGCUUUGGCUGCUCUGCCCUGGGGCGCCAGCUGGGACCUACCUUGUGGCCGAUGCACCCUGUGCAGGAGGGGGAGCUGGGGGUGCCCUGUGCUGCUCCAUGGCAUCCACCCACCUGCACCAGAGCUGCCACUGACCUCAGGGUGCCGUGGAGAUGAGCAGCCAGACUCAGGGGGGUAGAGGGGAGAUGUGGGGCAAAGGGCGGGGGAGGAUCUUUUACGGUUGAGGACUCAGUACCAAGGUAGCAGUGUGGGCCUGAGGGGGCUGGAGCCACUCUAAAUGUGCCUUAAUGCUUUGCUGGAGCCCACUCUGCACCACCGCUACUUCAGUGCCUUCUGCAGAGAAUCGGUGAAUAAAGGUGUCUUUCCGAAGAA